AUGGACCGCCUGUUGUGGGGUACCUGUGUCCUCUGCUUGCUGAACCUCUUGGAAGUGGUACUGGGUCACCUCCACCCGGAAUGUGACAUCAUCACUCAGCUGAGAGAGGAUGAGCUUGCAUGUCUUCAGGUGGUAGAGGGUACCAACAACACCUCCCUGGGCUGCCCUGGGACCUGGGAUGGGCUGCUGUGUUGGCCCCCGACCAGUUCUGGCCAGUGGGUGGUCCUCCCUUGCCCUGACUUCUUCUCCCACUUCAGCUCAGAGCCAGGGGAUGUGAAGAGAGACUGUACUACCACUGGCUGGUCUGAUCCCUUCCCGCCAUACCCCGUGGCCUGCCCUGUGCCCUUGGAGCUGCUAACUGAGGAGAAAUCUUACUUCUCCACGGUGAAGAUCAUCUACACCACGGGCCACAGCAUCUCCAUUGUAGCCCUCUGUCUGGCUAUUGCCAUUCUGGUUGCUCUCAGGAGGCUCCACUGCCCCCGGAACUACAUCCACAUGCAGCUGUUUGUCACUUUCAUCCUCAAGGCCAGUGCUGUGUUCCUGAAGGAUGCUGCCCUCUUCCAGAGUGAAGGCACGGACCACUGCGGUUUGUCCACUAUCCUGUGUAAGGUCUCCGUGGCCGUCUCCCAUUUUGCCACCAUGACCAACUUCAGCUGGCUGCUGGCAGAAGCUGUCUACCUGAGCUGCUUGUUGGCCUCCACAUCCCCCAGGUGCAAACCAGCUUUCCGGUGGCUGGUUUUUGCUGGCUGGGGGCUCCCUGUGCUGUGCAUUGGUACGUGGGUGGGCUGCAAACUGGCUUUCGAGGAUACUGCGUGCUGGGACCUAGACGACAGCUCCCCCUACUGGUGGAUCAUCAAAGGGCCCAUAGUCCUCUCUGUUGGGGUGAAUUUCGGGUUGUUUCUCAAUAUAAUUUGCAUCCUUCUGAGGAAGCUAGAGCCUGCACAGGGUGGCCUCCACACACGGGCUCAGUACUGGCGGCUUUCCAAGUCAACACUUCUCCUUAUCCCGCUGUUUGGAAUUCAUUAUAUCAUCUUCAACUUCCUGCCUGACAGUGCUGGCCUGGGCAUCCGCCUACCCUUGGAGUUAGGACUGGGAUCCUUCCAGGGCUUCAUUGUUGCUGUUCUCUAUUGCUUCCUCAACCAAGAGGUGAGGACGGAGAUUUCACGCAAAUGGUAUGGCCACGACCCUGAACUUCUGCCAGCUCGUCGGACCUGCACUGAGUGGACCACACCACCCCGAUCGAGAAUGAAGGUGCUGACCUCGGAGUGCUAG